AUGGGUAACGUUGUUGAUUCCCAGCUAAAGUCUUCAGACGACGAGCCCCUGCCAUUUGUCGCUGUCGGUGGUGAAACCUCGAAUCCCACCUUACAGAAUGUUACCCUGCGGGCCGUCCCGGAGCAAGAUGCUGUUCCUGCCUUGGACUCCAAGCCCAAUUUUGCUGUCGUCAUUGAGCUGAGGGCCCCACCCCUUUCACACCAGGGCCCACAAGCACGUGCCCCCAUCGACCUAGCUAUGGUGCUGGAUGUCAGCGGUAGUAUGAAAGGGCCGAAGCUGGACCUUGUAAAGCGGGCCGCGGGCUUUGUUGUGGAUAACCUCGGCCCGUCUGAUCGGCUCUCCUUAGUUUGUUUCUCCACUUCUGCUCGUAUAGUCCUCCCUCUGCACGAAACGACAGAGGUGGGACGGGCCAAUGCCAAACAGGCUGUCAACUCCCUUUUCUCUGACAACGGCAACACGAACAUCGCGGAUGGCCUCACAAAGGGGCUUCAGGUUCUUGAAGAGAGGAGCCAUCGUAAUCCUGUGGCAAGCAUCAUGUUCUUGUCUGAUGGGAAGGACAAUUACUCCCCAAGGAUUCCGAUGGCCCAGCCCUACCUUCAUUUGUUGCCCCCAUCCAUGCGUCCCGGGGUUGAAAAGAAGCCCUUCUCCAUUCCCAUCCACACGUUCGGCUUCGGCUCAGACCACGACCCGCUCGCAAUGCACGCCAUCGCCACCCUAUCAGGCGGAACUUUCUCGUUCAUCGAGUCGUACGAAAUGGUGCAAGACGCGUUCGCAAAGUGCAUCGGCGGCCUCUUGAGCGUCGUGGUUCGCGACCUCCGCCUGACGCUGAGGUCAGCGUCCCAUGGCGUGCGCAUCAACUCGAUUCCUUCCGGAAGCUACGCGAGCGAGAUAUCCGGCCUCCAGGGCUCUCGUGGGUCGAUCACCGUAGGAGACCUUUACGCGGACGAGGAAAAAGAUUUCCUGAUUGACAUAUCCGUCCCCGCGUACGCCUUCAGCGUCGAAGAGGAAGAAAACGAGAACGAAAGGCGGACCCCGCUCGUGGACGUGACGUGCUCGUACAAGGACGUGGGGUCGAACGAGAGGGUAGAAAUGGAGUCUGCGGAGAUAAAGCGCCCGGGUUUUGUGGCGCCUGCGGAUGUGAAGGUGAAACUGGAAGUCGACCGGCAGAUGAAUCGGCUGCAUGCUGCCGAGGGUUUGGCGGAGGCCCAACGGGCGGCCGAGAAGGGGAAUCUCAAAGAGGCGCGCGCGAUUCUGUCGAGCACGAGGUCGACUGUUUCGGCCUCGGCGUCGGGCCAGGCGGGAGACGGGCUGUCGCUGCAGCUUGAGGCGGAGAUGAGAGAGACUGAGGAGAAAAUGGGGUGUAAGAGGACAUACGAGCAGGUGGGCCGGGCCUAUGCUCUGUCGAGCAUGAGUGCGCACUCCAAUCAGAGGGCCUCUACCAGGCGCCGGGCGGAGUCUGGGGAUGCUUAUGUUACCCCUAAUAUGGCUAAUAUGGUCAGCAAGUCUCAUCAGGUUAUCAAGAUUGAAGAUGUUAAGGAGGAACAAGAUUAG